GUUAGUGCGCGCAGGCGUGCGCCCGCUUUGCGCACGUUUUGCGCUUGUACCGUGUUGUAACCCGGCCGUUGCCGGGAAUGGAGGCCUGCUGCGCGAUCACAGCUGCCGAGGACCUUGUGGGAGACCAGAUAGUCCCUGGCGGCGGCCGUUGGGGCGCUCCACACGGUCUGCUGGAUACCUGGUUUCAGAUGCAGACUUCCGAGCUCGAAUCGCUUCUUUGCAAGCAAGAGGGCGCAUCAAUCGCGUCCGCCCACAUGGACCUUUUCGAUGGCGGGACUUCAUCACGCGAUGAUUCCUUCCUGCGGCCGGCCUUGUGGGAAGACAUCGCGUCUUCCAUCAGGAACAUUGACCCUGAGAAUGCGAACAUGCUCGCGCCGUUGGGUGCAACACACGUCAAACUGGAAACAGAUGAGGCUCUGCUUGAGGAAUGCGCUACUCCACUUCUUAGUCCGCUGGAAAUCAAGACGGAGAGGCUCCUUGCGCCGCCAACGUACGCGCAACCCCAGCCCGCGCAGCAUCAUCAGCAACCAGCGACACCGUUCUCAAAAUAUCCACCUUCGCGACUUGUCUAUAUGUCCCCGCUAACGCCCCCCGGAUCUGACCAAGGCAGCCCUGGCAAUUCUAUGCAGUGUGGACCAAGACGAACGCCGCCUCCACCUUACCACCCGCCCCCCAUGCAUCGACCACCGUUGGGGCAUCAACAUCAAACACAUGUCCAGCAUCAUCAGCCGCCUAUGCAACAAAUGCAAAUGCCACCACAACCACUGGGGCCAUCUCCUCUAGGACAUGGUCCAAUUCACCACUCAAGACUUGGGCCUCCGUCCCACUCUCUGAAGUAUAACAGACGGAACAAUCCCGAGUUGGAGAAGAGAAGAGUUCAUCACUGCGACUUCCUUGGAUGCACGAAAGUUUAUACGAAGAGUUCGCAUCUGAAGGCUCAUCAAAGAAUACAUACAGGAGAGAAACCUUAUACUUGCCAAUGGCCGGAGUGCGAAUGGAGGUUCGCUCGUUCAGACGAACUGACGCGUCACUACCGUAAGCACACGGGAGCCAAGCCGUUUAAAUGUACAGUCUGCGAGCGGUCAUUCGCCAGGUCUGACCACCUCGCACUUCACAUGAAACGGCACUUGCCAAAAACCUCGAAAUGACACGCGAGAAGAGGCGCGGACCAGCCGCCGGCGCCUCAAAUCCCUCAGGAUGAUUGUAGUGGAAAUCUAUUUCUGGAAACUGACCUAGACUCUAGCCUGCUGGACACGUUUUACAGCGUAUUGUGAUCUACACAAGGAUAACCUGCAAACGUCACGGCCAUACACUUCGUCGGUCGUAUACCGUGAAAAGAGAAAAGAGAUUUACUUAAAAUUUGAUAAUUAUAAGAAUCGUGCAAGUUCCAGUGUGACGUUCUCCACAUAAGUUUUUCAUACAUAGGUAGUUUCAUGAAAAUCAUUGUUGGAUUGAUUACAAAUGUGAUAUCCAAGAUACGUUACCUGCAAUUUAAUUUUGAAAAUUCACAAAUCCAUUGCCAGUUUCAAGAUUAUUAUGAUCUAAGGAAAUAUAAUUAACUACUUAGAUGUGUCGGCUAGUAUUAAAAAUUAUAAUUAUGAGCAUAAGGUACACAGAGAUUCAAAAACAAUAUUAUAAUGUUUUAAGGAAAUAUUGGGUUCAAUACAAAUUGAAUUUCGAUGUAGAUAAAACUUAUCUUGCGGAGAUAUUGCAAAGACCAAUUUAUUCACUGCUUUAAGUUACUUAAUAUAUGUAAAUAUUCUAAAAACUAAAUAAGUACUACAACUUACUUAAGGGUAUUUGCUCACGACAUCUGCAUUGAUGUUGUUAUCGCUCCGUAACUUUAGUAUUGAUUAGAUAUGAUUAAUUUAUUGAGUUUAUUACUUUUAAGAGAAUUUGAAUAUCCAAGAUAUUAUUGGCAUAGGUUUUAGGCGAUAGUUUUAGUUUGUAAGUGUUUAUUCAAUUUAAUAAUUACCUAGGAGAUGUUGAAUAUACGACCUGCAGAGACCUAACCAAGUCUAGCAUUCAAUUUAAAAAAUAUAAACGGUAUCAUUCUGGUAUCUCUUAGAAACUUAAAAGCUCUAGCUACACUCAUCUUAUAGCCGGACUAAUUUGAGGUAACCAAAGCUGGCUUUUAUUUUAUUCACCCUUUUGAAAACAAAAUUUUCAUCGAAAAUACGAAUUCUCCAAAUGAAUCUCGAGGUCGUUGUGUUCGCUCUCCUCACACUUUCUAGUCUUGUUAUAAAACAGAUUUGAUAUUCAACAAGUUAAAAUAGUUUAGAGUUGUUUCAAGUCACUUCAUUCAUCGUUGUAUGCUUACAUCAUGCGCACAUUUUGUGUUUAUAAUUCGUAAAUAUAUUUAAAUUUAGUAAUAAAAAUCCUUAUUGUGUCCGUCCAGAGAAUAUUGUAUAUAGAUUUCAAGUAAAACAUAAUGUCCAUUUUGAGCGAAUAUAGUGCCUUUACUAAUGCCUUCUUAACUUCAUCAAUAUUAAUAAGAAUCAAUAGUUUUGAAGUAUAUAGCAAAUAUUUUGAUAUUUAUAGCUUAAGUAGCCUUAAAUUAAACCGCACUUCUGUAUUCACGUGGGCAAAGGAUUAUUUAUAAGGAAAAAGCAAUCUGUACAUCCCUUAACAAGAAACAAAAUAUUUGAACAAAAUUAUACAAAAAGGUAUGGUAUGCAAUAAGGAAGAACGCCUAAUGUUUAUUGCUACGAGUACAUCACACACAAUACUUUAUGACUUGCCAAUCUCUCUUGCAUUUAGAAUAGAAUAAUCAUAAUUAGAAUAAAACAAGUGCAUAUUUCUACUUCUCUACCUUGCCCUUAUAUUAGGAUAUAUUUAAAUAGGUCUUAUUAAGCAUAUUUGUAACACAGGUCCACAUUAUCAUAAUAUGUGUUGUGAAAGUUUAAUUCAUAUCAAAAUAGAUAAAAGUUUACCUAUAGAGUAAAAAUCCUCAUAAGAGUCUGAUUAAUUAAAAUGUGGCUUUUCUUUGUUUAUUAAAUGCUUUUUAUGUCACAUUCAAAACGUAAUAUGAUAAAAGUCAUUUCAUGUAGCAAAGGGAUAACCAUACGCUACCGUAUUUGCCUCAGAUUUGUAUAUCUGUGUCUUUUGUGCAUUUUAUAGGCAUGUCGAUCGGAGCUCUGAGCUUACAACGUCGUUGCUUAAAACCUGUUAGUUGCUCUAUGAAUUUAUAUUAAUUAUAUGAAUUUAUAUUUCGGGGUGCCAACGCAUGACGUCACAGAGCAGGGCGCCUCCCACUGAUUUUAUACAGCUCUACAAUUAAAAAUACUAUACAUAAAAAUUAACAUUUCAAACAAAUUACUAAUUCCGUUUACAAAUUAUCAAUACCAAAUAAAAUUGUCAUACAACUUCUCUAUAUGACUUGUUUGUUGUCAUAUUUUAUAAAUAAAGAUUAUCUCAUCUUAUUCCCACAUAGAAAACACGUGACUUCUUUCACAACACAUGUUUCAAAAUAUUAAAAAGUUCGGUCUUGAAGAAUUUUACGGUAAUAAAAGGAAGUUCUGUUUGAGAAAAUUUCUUCAAUUGUAGAUAUUGUAGAUAGUCUUAAAGCCAAAUUAGUUUGCCAUAAAUCAGGAAUUGCCAUACUAAGCGUAAGACAAAUUAGCGGAUCUUCAAAAUUACCGAUAUUUUUUGUAAAAUUUUACGUGCUUUAAUAAACUUUAUUUUAUUGUAAGAUUACGUUACAGUUUAGAGGCAAAAUUCAGGAUUCUUUAUGAAGUGGAAAUGUAGGAGACAAGAACAAUGUAUGAAGAAACUAUGUUUAGAAAUUUAUAGCUAUAAGUUAGUACCAGGUUAUUCCUGUUACAUAAUUUCGUACCUUUGAUUAAAUUUAAGAAAGAUUAUGUUUGGUUUCACGUUUUAUUUAAGUUUAUGAUUAGUUAUGUAUGACUAAGUCAGAUAAUUUAUUACCAAUGAAAAGUUUUUUAUUCUUUUAUAUUUAAGUUCAAUAUACAGGGUGUAGUUAGACCGCUUUCGAUAACUAGUUAUGUUAUAUGGGGAGCAUGAAUUUGUAAUAUUUUAAAUUUUUGAAACAAUAAAAAUCACUUUCUCUACAAUUCUACAUAUAAACUAAAAAUUUCUUAUUCGAUGAGGUCUAUUUACACCCGGUACCGAGGUGUUAUUUUAUAUUUUCAAUAUUAAUAAAUACCUUUAACAAAUUGGAUCUUACUGUAUGAAUUCCAAAAGCCGAAAGCACUAGACUAGACUUGCUUAGUACAUUGAUCUUACCCCAUUACUUCAAUAGAGAUUGAGUUCGUGCCACAUAAUAAUGAUAAGGAUUUAUUGAUAAUCUUGUGAAUAACUUUACGGCAAUAGAUGUCGUUAAUCGCAGGCUGAGCAUGAUUACUCAUCACUUAAAAAGUCCAGUUAUGUUAAUAAUACGCGUUAAGGAAACUGAAAUAUUGUUGGUAAAUUAUGCGAAUCGCUACUGACGAUACAUAAUCAUAGUAUAUGUACCGGGCCAUUAAAAGUUAUACCAAAAUAUGGCUAAAAAUAACGGGUCAUAAUGUUUUGCUAUCAUGCUCAUCAAGUUUUGCUUUUACCACUAUUUAACCUUUAUUUCUUCUAAAUAAUAUAUAGAUUCAGGGCCGAAGAGCGAUUUGGGUAUGUCUAUCUUUAAAAGGGUUACUUUACAAUAAAGCCGAAAGGUUUGGAGAAAAAUAAGAAGCUCAAGACCGGACGCGAUUAAGGCCUACUAUGGGGAGGUCAUAUGACAUUAAGUCAAGAUAAAUUAGUAGUGAAAAAUUGGCUUUUGGUAUUGCAUUAUGAGGAACUACGAUAGUUACCUAGUUAGAUAUAAAAUGCCAUCUCUUAAUGUAAAUAUUACCUACAUCUUAAUUUUUAGACAUUAAUUAGAUUAGUCUCGUCUCGAAAACAAAUUAAAAAUGUUUAAGUAGUUUUGCGAAAAUGUGCUGUAUAGUUAAACAUAAGAAAGUCCAUUUAAAAAAAAACUCAUAAUCUUAAUUGUAUAAUAUGUAAUUGCAACUUCACAAAACAAAUUUAUUAUAGUCACUUAAAAUAUUA